AAAAAACCAGAGGAAAAGAAGUCCAAAGACAAAGAGACUCCGGUGACGACGGUGACUUUGAAGGUGGAACUGCACUGCCAGGGUUGCAUAGAGAAGAUUUACAAAGUGGUAGCCAGGACCAAGGGAGUGGAGGAUAUGGCGAUUGAGAGACAAAAGGAUUUAGUAAUGGUAAAAGGAAAAAUGGACGUGAAGGCUCUGAUAGAGAAUUUGGAAGAGAAACUAAGGAGGAAAGUUGCAGUGGUGGUGCCGAAGAAGGACAAAGACGACGAAGCUAAGGGAGGAGACAGCAGCGACAAGAACAAGAGCAGCGGAGAUGCUGCUCCGGCAAAUGGCGGUGGCGGGGGAGAUGGUCACAGACUUGAUCACAUGGCAGUUCCAGUUUCGGGAUAUGGGUACGGGUACGGGUAUGGUGGAGAACAUUUACCUUCGGUUCAAAUGUUCAGUGAUGAAAAUCCAAAUGCUUGCUCGGUUAUGUGACAACCGAUAUAGUUUCUUAGAAAUAUGUACCUUUUCAUUCCAUUCUUUUCUGUAAGGAACCAUUAUAUGUCAAUUAUCGUUGAGUUAUGAGGUUAAAGAUGGUGUUUCGGGGGAUAAAGGCGAGAAAGAUUAGUCCAAAAUGCAUAGUCCGGAAGUGAAGUGAGAGGUGGGGUUUGUUGGUGGCGUCCUUCCAGGAAAGACAGAGACCUUUUCCAUUGAACCAAGUGGAGGAAAGAAAGAAGAGUUGGAUAACACAGUCAUGCACCUCUCUAACAUACCUUUCUACCAAUAAUCGAGGAGUGGAAAUUUGGAAUCUCACUUUUUCGCUCAAAAACAAAAAGGGCUCUCAUUUUCCUUUGAAUUUCAAUACCUCUUUUCGUCUUUCUUUUUUUUGUGUAGGGACAAGUUCAUCUGAAUGAUAUCUUUCAAUCCCGCCAUUCUGAUUCAA